AUGUCCCCUAAGCGAAGCAUCAUCAUAACCGAUCACUCAACCCCGACCCAACUGACAUUCCAACGAACCUGUAAAGGUGGCGCAUCAGGUAUAGGACUGGGAAUAACCCGCCAGUUCGCCCCGCAGCCAAACACUCAUAUCACUAUCUUCGACAUCAAUGCGACGACCGGCGCGACCACUGUUGAGCAGUUACGCUCCGAGUUCCCCUCCUGCGGCUUCAGCUUCGAGAGAGUCGACGUUUCCAGCUGGGAGAGCCAAGCUGCGGCCUUCGAAAACGUGAUUUCUCAGCAAGGCCGCGUGGAUGUUGUCUUCGCCAAUGCGGGGAUCACGGAGAAGGGAUCUCUCCUCCCGGAGAAAGAUGGGAAGUUGACGAAGCCGGAGUUGGCGACGGUUGAUGUUAACUUUGUGGGUGUUUUGUAUAGUGUUAAACUAGCCCUCCACUAUAUCUCGAAGAAUGAGGCUGUCAAUGGCUCAAAGGGCAGUGUUAUCUGCACUGCGUCGAAUGCAGGUGUAUACCCCUUCCCCAUGGCCCCGCUCUACUCCGCGUCGAAGCACGCCGUUAUCGGACUGGUGAGGUCGUUAGCGAGGCCGUUGGAGAGGGAGCAGAUUCAAAUCAACGGGUUUGCUCCGGCUGUUAUUGUGGAUGGAAGCAUGGAAGUUAAUGAGAACGCAGAAACGAAUAUUGCUCCAAGCUCAGACUUGUUCAAGACCAUGAUCCUCACGCCAAUGUCGACUGCACAGAGAGCUGCUGAGCAGUUUGUGAGUGAUUCUUCGCUGACAGGGAAGAUUGCGGAAUUGCACGGAGAACAUGUGACAUUUACCGAGCCCCCAGCAUAUGUGGAUGAGGAUUCGAGGAAGAAUAUUGAGAAUUUCUGGUCGCUUGGGUAUGCUUAA